UUUUCUUCAUUUUUUUCUUUAUUAUUAUAUUUAACAUUAUUCAUUUGGCCUAAUAAAAUAACAUUGUAACAUUAAUAAUGUUUAAAAUUAUAAUUAAAUUUUAAUAUAAAAUUAUAAAUAAAAAAAGAAAAAAAUAUUCUAUUACAAAAUACUUUAUAGAUGUACAUGAAAUAUACAUUUUAUACAUAAGAACAGACAAAAAAUUUGUCAUAUCAAAGUAUAUUUUGUUUUACGAGAUCAUUAUUUUAGAGAUAUAUUCUAAUCUACCAAACUAAUAUCAAUAUUUUUUAUUUAUUAUUAUUUUAAUUAUCUUAAUUAUCUAAAAGAUUAUUAUUUUAAAGAUUAUUUUAAAAGAAAUAUUGUAAUUUUAAAAAAAAAAUGAUAAAAAUAUGUUCAAUUGAUAUUCCGUAUCUCGUCUAUGAUCACACGUCAUUCAUAAAUGUCGCAUUUAUAAAAUAUUUCGAAGAAUAUAAAGAUAAGAAUUAAAAAGAAAAAAAUUAAAAAAUAAAAGAAAAAAAAGUGUUACGACUAGAUAUAAAAAAUUCUUUUUAAAAUAUUUCAUUUCAAGAAAUAAUAUUAACUUUCUAUUUUAUUGUGAAAAAUAUCUUUAUAACUCAAAAGAUGGCAGUGACUUACUUUAUUUUUCCUACUAUUUAUUAUUUUUGUCUAUUCUAUUUCAUCUACAAUAUUUUAGAAAUGACAUUGAUUCCCUAAUUUUAUCAUAUUCUCUCUAUCUUUCUCUCAUUUUGAUUUGUUCUUAAUCAUCGUUAUUUUAUAAAAUUUAUACGUGCAAAAAACAACUGCGAUCAAGUCUCUUCUUUAUCUAACCUAUUAAAAAAUCUUAAUAGGAUCUAAAAGAUCUAAAAAAAUCUAUUUAAUUUAUUGAAUAUACAUUUUUUUAUACACGUUUUAUACACGUUUCUUUUUUAUAUAUUUAUAUAUAUAUUUUUUAUAAAUAUAUUAUUACAUACAGUAUUAAUAUAUUCAUAAUGGGACACAUCUUUGGAAGGUGAAAUUAUAUAAAAGCUAUAGUCUUUCCAAUUUCGAUGAUUUUAAAAUAUUGAAUAAUUUUAUAUAAUUAAUCGACUUUUUCGAAAUAUUUGCAAAAAGAAAUUGUUAUUAUUACAUAAAAUUUUACUUAUAUACAGACAUCCGCAAUAUAUGUAUUAGCAUACAUCUUACUGAUUUCCUAAAAAUAAACUUCUUGCAAUAUUAAUUGCAAUUUAAAAUUAAUUUAAAAUUAAUUUUUAUAUGUAAAAUAUAUAAAAAAAAUAAUUUAUAUAUAUUAAUUUUAAUGAUUAUUAAUAUAAAUUUUAAAUUUGAAUUUCAAUCAUUAUUAAUAGUGAUUUAUAAUUUUUUUUGUACAAUCGGUAAUUCAGAUCAUGUCACAUUAAAAUUCCAUAAAAUGUAAGUCUAUUCUAUAUCUUGUCUAUGUGAUAUUGAAUAACAUAACCUAACAAUUUGAAACAUAAGGAAUAUACGAAUUUACUGCAUUGUUAUUCAUUAAAAUUAGAAAUCAAUUUAACUUUUUACUAUACGAAAUUACAUAACUCUAUAUGUAGAUUAUACAUACUAUAUAUAAAAUUGUAUAUAUGUUCUUCAAUAAAACAGAGUGCAUAAAUAAAAAAGAAGAAUGAUUUUACAAUUUUUUAUGUAAUUCUUCUGCAAUUUAUACUUUAUAUAAAUAUCAAAUUAUAUUCUUCUACAUUAAUAAUAUAAUGAUAAUAUUAUAUGUACAUGUCAUUUAAUUUUGUUAAAUUUGUAUCAUAGUUGAAUUUCAUUAAAAUUUUGAGUUAGAAGUAAUAAAUUAUAUUUAUAUCAUGGCAAAUAUCAAGGAAUUACCAGAAUUACAAGUUUUUAAAACAGUAUUAUUCCACUGUGUAGUAAUAAUAGCCUUACCUGUAUUGUCAUUUUUUACUAGCAAGAUUUUUAUUUUUGAUGGUUUAUUGGGGCUUAAUCAUGUGCCAAGUAACGUAUAUUCAGCUGCUGUUGCGAUUCUCGUAUUACACGUGGCUCUAGGAUCUUUUAUAUAUCGUGCAUAUUUCGAUGAUCAAUCAAAGACACAAACAAAACGAGAUUAAUCAUUUUUUCUUGUUUGAAAUAUGUAUGUAAUUAAAUACACUUUCUGGAUAACAUA